ACAAGUUGCGUCGUCUUCGUUGAGUCUUUGCAAAUGAUUUAAUAUGACUCGGUGCAUCUCAAAAGAACUAUUUUCUCACACCACAAUGCUGAAAGCCCAACUUUAACUGAAAUGCACGAAAGCUAUUUUAAAAAACGCAAAUAAAGCAUUUCUAAAUUACUGUUUCAGCAGAUGUAUGAUUUAUUUAUGGAAUAAAACUAAUUGGAAUUUGAAAGUUUUCUAGUUUUAAUGUUAGAGAAAGCAAAAUAAGCUCCCGUUAAAUAGCCUCAAGACACUCCCAUUCAAUAAUUAGUUUUGUUUCAGAGAAAGUGAAAGUUAAGAGAGCAGUGGUGAGAAUGGCGUGGAGCUGUAAAGUACCAGAUUCUUUAUCAUGCUCGAUAUGCUUGGAUAUUCUAAAGAGUCCUGUGACUCUUCAGUGUGGCCACAGCUACUGUAUGGACUGUAUAAAUGGCUACUGGGACCAGGAGGAUUGCAGAAGUGUUUACGAUUGUCCUCAGUGCAGACGAAUUUUCAUCCCCAGACCUGUAUUGGGUAAGAAUACAAUACUGGCUGAUCUGACAGGUAAAAUGUUGGGGACAGGACAACCAACCCAUCCAGGGAAGGAUGAAGUAGGGCCGGCGGAUGUGGAGUGUGAUUUCUGCACUCAGAGGAAGCUGAAAGCUGUCAAGUCCUGCCUGGUGUGUCUAGCGUCUUACUGUUCUACUCACUUGCAGCCCCACUAUGAGUCUGCAGCUUUCAAAAGGCACAAACUGGUGGAAGUCUCUGCCUCCAUGCAAGAGAAGAUCUGCCCUAAGCAUGACAAACUCCUUGAAGUCUAUUGUCGCAGUGACGGCCAAUGCAUUUGCCUGCUUUGUGUGAUGGAUGAGCACAAAGGCCACGACACUGUGUCCGCUGCUGCAGAGAGGAAAGAGAAACAAACACAAUUUGGAAAGAAGAAACAAAGAUACCAGCAGGGAAUUCAGGAGAAAGAGAAGCUGCUGCGGCAGCUGAGACACAAAGUGAAAGCACUGCAGUGUUCUGGAGAUGAAGCAGUUGACCAGAAUGAAAAAGCCUAUGCCGAAAUUGUCCUGAUGGCAGAUAAAAGGCGUUGUGCUGUGAACGAGAUGAUCAGGGUUCAGGAGAAGGCUGCAGUGAACCAAGCUGAGGCACUCAUUGAUCGGCUAGAGAAGGAGAUCUCUGAGCUGAGAAAGGGGGAGGAUGGACUGAAACAGCUGUCACUUACUGAGGAUCACAUUCAUUUCCUGCAGAGUUGCAAGUCUAUUUUUGACUGUCCGGAACCCGACCUGUCCUCUGAUUUCAACGUCCUUCUGCAUGCACCUUUUAAUUUUGUGACAAAGGCCAUUUCUGAUUUGAGAGACAAAAUGGAAAACAUGGCAAAAGCUGUUGCAGAAAUGUCCAAAGAAAUUCAAGUUGAUCCUGACCCUAAAACAAGAGAGGAGUUCUCCCUUUAUUCCUGCCAUCUCAGUUUGGAUCCCAACACAGCAUUUGUAAACCUGUUGCUCUCUGAGGAAAACAGAAAAGUAACCUGGAUUAAAAAAGUCCAGAGGUAUCCCUACCACCCAGAGAGAUUUACAGAAUAUGAUCAGGUGUUGUGCACUGAGGGUUUAUCAGGAGUUUGCUACUGGGAGGUUGAAUGGCAGGGGCCCCGGGUUGAGGUCGCUAUGUGCUAUAAAGGAGCAGAGAUGGUAGAAAGUAGCUUUGGAUACACAGACCAGUCCUGGUGCAUUUCCCUUUCGAAUUCUGGUUGCACCUUUUGGCACAGUGAAGUCAAAACCAAAAUAUCCACCCCUUGCUCCUCUACUAUUGGAGUGUAUUUGAACCAUAAGGCAGGGAGGCUGUCUUUCUACAGUGUGUCUGAUUCUGGUCAAAUGACCCUCCUUCACAGAGUUCAGACCACGUUCUCCCAGCCUCUGUACCCUGGAUUCAUGGUCUCCAGGGGGGCGUCAGUUAACAUAAUGACACCAAAGUAAAUGACAUCUGCUCUCAAGGCUGCCUGAGUAUAUCAUGGGUACGCCUAUGGCCAAAAGAUGUUUUCUCCUGAAAAGUUAUCUGUUAGUCAUUGCUCUUUAUGCUCAUUAACUCUGACUGUAUUCUUUAAAAUGCCCAUUGUUUGCAAGGUAAAGAUUGAAGUGAAUGUGUGUUUUUGUGUGUAUGUUACAUGAUUCUCAUCCUACAAUCAAUCAAUUUUAACUGCAAACUCAGUAUUUUAUUGUUGGAGUUAAACAGUUAAUAAGUAGAAUGAUUACAUAUAAACAUGUUCACAGCUGUGAACAUUCAGUAACUGUAACAUUCAGUUUAAUUUUAUUCUUACACAUGAUGAUGCACACGUUAGGCGAUGUACAUUGAACAUUAAGUAUGCCAGGAUAAGGUGUGAUUACAUUAGCUUGCCUUGGCUGGUUAGACGUUUAACAGUGUUUUGUUUGUUUUGUUUAUUUUUUGCAUGCUUCGAUACAGUCCAAUAAACUGACAACACAAAAUUUACACAGUUAA